AUGGUGGAUGAUCUUAUUGAUAUUGAGUUGUUGCUUGGUGACAUUGGGGAAGAGGGGACAACUGAUGGAGGUAAUUUAGAGCUUGGUGAGAUGAUGGAUAUGGAGGUUCCAGUUCCGAGUGAUACAACUACUCAAACCAACCCCACUGAUAAUACUACUACUAAGACCCCCACUCAAAAUACUACAAACACAAACACUGAUGCUUCAACCCCUCAAGUUGCCCAAGCUCAGAGUUCCCAGAGUCAGAGAAAUGCCGAUGGUAGAGCUCGUCGUCCCAAAAAAUCUGCUGUUCAUUCUGAAAUGGUGCUUAUUGUAGGUCCAUAUGGCAUUAAGAAGUGGAAGUGCAGAUGGUGUGGAAAGCUUUACACAUAUGAUGCAAAGUGGAAGAGUACCUCUAAUGGUAAGAAACAUUUAGAUGCUUGUAUUCAGGUAAGGUUAAGGUUGAAAGGAAAUAAUGAGAAAGAGUUUGCUCAGUCUAGAUUAAACAUAGGUGAUAAUACUCCUAGUUUAGCUACUUGGACAUAUAAUCAUGCUAGGGUUAGAGAAAUUGCAGCACACAUGAUUCUAGGUCAUGAAUUUCCUUUUUGUGUUAUGGAAGGUGUUAUUUUUAAUGAGUUUCUAAAAGAGAUUUAUCCAUGGUACAGAAAGAUUACUAGGCAACAUGUUAAGUUUGAUUGUGAGACAUUUUAUGAAGCUGAGAGAAUUAAAAUGAAAAGGUCUAUGGCUUUGAUUAACAGGGUCAGUCUCACCACUGACUUGUGGUGGUCUGGUGAACAGAGGAUAGGCUAUAUGACUGUGACUGGUCAUUUCAUUGAUUCAAAAUGGCAGCUUCAUAAAAGAGUUUUAUCUUUUAAGAAUGUGCCACCACCAUAUUCUGGAGAGGUUUUGUGCAGGGAACUGAUAAAGGUAAUGAAUGAUUGGGGAAUAAGGGAUAAGGUAGCAUCUAUUUCUGUUGAUAAUGCCAGUGCCAAUGAUAAUUGCAUUGCUAGGUUGAAGAGAGAUUAUUCUGGUAGGAGAAAUUUACCCUUAGAUGGUAAGUUAUUUCAUGUAAGGUGUUGUGCACACAUCUUAAAUUUGUUGGUGCAGGAUGGGCUUGAUAUGAUUAAGGUGUUUGUUGAUAAGAUAAGAAAUGGUGUCAAAUACUUGCUCAAUUCUGAAACAAGAUGCAAAUCAUUCAAAAAGAUUGUUGAUGAGUUGUAA